AAGAGGAAGAAACACCUUUGGGAAAGUGGGCGGAGCAUCACUGACUGCGCUAUAUUAAUUCAAUAUUCAUUUUGAAGUCUACAUUAAUUCUGAAAUCGUUCAAAAUGAGCUGCAGUGUUAUUAUAAAAAAUAUGAAUGGAGAUGAAAGAAGAGUGUAUGUGGAUUCAGAGGAGGAGCUGAAGAACAUGAAUGUUGAAGAGUUCAGAAGAAGAUUCUGUCCUGAUGUUGGACGGCGCAGAUACAUAAAACUUUACAUACUCAAGGAACCUGCGGAUGAUCAAACACGAAGUGACUGUGACAGAAAACAUGAAUCUGUUCAAGAGCUUGAACCUGGAUGUUCUGGAGAUAUUUCAAAUCAAUCGACCGGCCAGGGAUCAGAAUCGGUCGAUUUUCCUCAUGAUCGGCCCGGAUUGGUGACCAAUUGUUCAUUCUUCUCUCUGUUUCCUUGGCUCAGACUCACAGUAACAGAGUACCUGAAGGAUGAUCAAACUCUUGGAUAUUAUGGCAUAAGAGAAGGAUCCACUAUCCAUGAGAUUGAGAUGCAUUUGGUUGGUUCAGCCCUCACAGCUGGAUGUUCAAUUUCAGUAAAGGAAUGCAAACGAAAAUACUCUGAAGAUGAAGAUGAAGAUGAACAUGUAGGAGCCAAACGAAGACCACCUCUACCUGAAGAUGAAGAUAAAAAAAUUCCCAGGUCUCGCUCUAUGGAUAAUCUGUUAUUUGAUAUGCAGCAGCCUCAGUGAAUAAUGAUACAUUUAAAUCUAUGAUGAGACGCCAAAAAUAAAACUUUAACAAAUAAAUAUUGUCUGAUUACCUGUGGCAGUGGUUUUCAUGAGUUCACAUUUACAAA